AUGAAACACAAAAGAUUUGAAGAAAAUAUUUUAGUUGAUGAAGCGUAUACAAAUUACAGUAGACCAGAUAAAAAUGAAGAUCUUAAAAAAGGCUCGGGUAUCGCAAAACAUUUUGCAGAAAGCUUGGAAUACGGAGAAAGGAAGAAAUGGUAUCACCAGAUACCAGAGGAACCAACAGUGACCAACAAAACUCUAACUCAAGAUCAAAUUGAGGAACUCCGGAAAGAAGCAAACAGUGCUCUUCAUGGUGACACAUUGGCGUAUGAAACAAAAUCAAACAGAAAUGGUUCAUCAGAUCAUCAGUGGGCAAGAACACUUCUAAACAAAGGUGCAAUCGGUGACAGGGUUGCUGCAGCUACUAUUUUGAUACAAGACAGUCCUAUUUACAACUUGACAGCAUUAAGAAACUUAGUCAACAAUGUAAAGCCGGCCAAAAAGAAGGAUGGAAUUGUAAUAAUAGAUGCUCUAUCCGAACUAUUUAUUUCGGAGCUGUUGGUUCCCGACAUCAAACUGCGCACAUUCGAACAACACUCACUGGCACAUCUAGACGAGAUGACUUCGGGAAAUAAGCAAGCACGCAGAAAUAUACUCAAGUAUUGGUAUUUCGAGGAUCAACUGAAAGAGCUAUAUGGAACAUAUGUCGAGGCUUUGAACAAGUUUGCCCAUGACUCCGUUGAGGCUAAUAAGGAGAAAGCAGUUAGUGCAAUGUCAUAUUUGCUGAUGCAUCAUCCAGAAAGAGAGAAGAUGCUGCUCACGAAUAUCAUAAAUAAACUCGGUGACCCAUCACAAGCUGUAGCUUCGAAAGUUAUAUACCACUUGUGUCAGCUCCUGUUUAACCAUCCCAAUAUGAAAGGUGUAGUCCUGGCUGAUAUAGAGAAGAUGUUGUUUAGGUCAAACAUUUCCCCUCGGGCACAAUAUUAUGGCAUCUGUUUUUUGAAUCAGUUCUUUCUCGGGAAGGACGAUUGGAAAAUAGCGGAGAAUCUCAUCCGUAUUUACUUCUCUUUCUUUAAGGCUUCUAUUAAGAAGGGUGAAAUCGACUCACGUCUAAUGUCAGCUAUCUUGACGGGAGUCAAACGAGCAUACCCGUUCGCAGACAAAGAGAGACUGGCAUCAACAACCGAACAUAUUAACGCUGUUCAUCGUCUAGUGCAUCUCGCCGGACUGAGUGUAGCUGUACACGCGCUUGCUUUGUUGUUUCACAUAAGUGAUGCCUCGGAAGGGACUUCGGAUCGAUAUUACACAGCGUUGUAUCGCAAAUUAACGAACGCGGAAAUUUUCAAUACCACCCAUUCCGCUCUUCUCUUCUCACUCAUCUACAAGUCGUUGAAGCAGGACAAAAAUAUCGAAAGAGUGACGUCGUUUAUAAAGAGACUCCUCCAGUUGUGCUGCUACAUGACACCAGCUCAAGCUUGCGGGAUGUUGUUUCUGAUAUCUCAGGUCUUGAAGGACGGGGCUAAAAAAGACGCUAUUAAACUUGUGUGGAGUAAGAGGGAGCUUAAGGAAGAGGAAGUAAAAGAAGAACAGCAGAAACAAGAGGACGAACAUGAAACAGCAGAUGUAAACGAUUCAGUAAACACGAGUAUAGAAACUGUAGAGAAGGAAGAAAAAGAGAAAGUUGAACAGAAAAAAAUCGAUCUUUUGCGUGGUGACAAGAGAGAUCUGUUAAUGGAUGACGAUGAAGAGGAGGCUUAUGUGGACUUGAAAAUAGACGAAGAAGGAAAUAUAAAGCCGAAAAAGCGACGUUCUACGGCAGUGACUGGAUGGUUCCACGCAAAGGUGAAGACCGAAGGGAAUGAAGCGGGCCAAAUAGAACAAAAGGAAGAAAAGGAUGUUAAAGAUAAAGAGAUUAUUACGAAGAUACAACUUAAGAGGGCCGCUAAUAUGGAUAAGGUGAUCUCAGAAUACAACCCAUACGCUCGUAAUCCGACUUUCGCUGGAGCGGCUUGCUCAGCUUACUUCGAACUUUUACCCCUGUCAAGGCAUUUUCAUCCCACCGUCAAAUUGUUUGCUGAAAAAUUGCUUCGUGAACAAAUAAUUCAGUACAGUGGUGAUCCACUCAAGGAUUUCGCCGGAAUACGCUUCCUGGACCGUUUCGUUUUCAAGAAUCCAAAGAAGCGUACAGAAGCGCAACAAGAUGGCGACGUCAAGAAAGUCAAGGGAUCGCAUCCUAAAUUUGCUAUUAGAAAGAAUUACUCUGCUAAAGGAUUGAAGUCAUUACCAGUUAACUCGUCGUCGUACUUGAACGAGGAUGCCAAGAAAAUACCCGUGGACGAGAAAUUCCUUUAUGAUUUCCUACAGCAACGUCGCGAAGCAAAGGCUUCGGACGACGAGGACAGCGAUGCAGAUUCCGUAACCAGUGAGGACUUUGAGAAGUAUCUGGACUCUGUCACAGGAAACAAGGGUCAAGAUUCCGAUGAGGAACUGGACUACUUGGCGGAGAUGGAAGCGGCGAAGCAAAAGCCAAGCGCGAAGAAGAAAGGUGAUGAUAGUGAUGACCAAUUGGAUGAGGAUGAUGAUGAAGAUGUUGACGAUGAAGGUGGAGGCGAUUUGGACGAUGAUGAAAUGGAUGAAGUUGAUGGGGAACUGAAUAUAUCUGCUGAUGAAGACGAACCGGCUCUAUCUGGUGAUGAAGACGAGCUACUUCUACAAGGUAGCGAUGAAGAAGAUCAAAUAGAUGUUCCUGGCAAGAAAUCUGGAAAGGGCAAGUUAAAAAUGAAACUCAAAGGCAAAGAAGAUUUAGGAUCACUGUUUGCGUCAGCUGAGGAGUUCUCUACUCUGCUGGAAGACACUGCAACGAACAAGUAUCAGGGCUCGAGCCAGGCUGUCUCCAAUGCCGACAAUGCUAGUAAGAAACAGUUGGCUUGGGAAGAAAAACGUGACCGAUGGAUCAAGGGAUACAACAGAAAAAUUGUUGGAAACAAAAAAGCAGGCAAAACUAAAAAAUUCAGUAGUAAACAGAAUGACAGAGCUAAUUUCGGUAAAAUGGCUGCCAAGAAGAAAGGCGGGAAACGAAAAGGCGGAAACGUAGACUGCGCUGGUGGCAAGAGGAAGAAGGUCAAAUAA